CCCCUCCUCCCGCACGGACGGCUCCUGCGCAGUGGCGGCGGGUCCGUCUCGGGAGGCGUCCGGGGCUUGGUCCUGCCGAGUCAGUCGCUCGUAGGGCGCUUGUGACGUGGUGAUGCACGGCUAAUGCUGCCAGGUCGCUCGGAUCAGCGCUCUUGAUGGCGGUGGUGUGCCCGUUGGGAUGAGGUGCUCUUGGAAGUUAACCUUCGAGCAAUGUGAAAGACAGUGUUCGGCUUGUAAAGGAAGGCAGGCUUUUCCCCGCUUGUUUUGCCGCUGUCAGUUGACUGUCAGGCUUGGUGAAAUUUAAGCCAGAGCCUUCCUUACUCUCACUUAGUAAAAUAAUUUUUCGCUGGCUCUUAGAGUAGACCCUCCGAAUCAGUCUUUUAGACAGGGCUCAUCUUCGCUGCGGUUAGCCUGGGCUCUACCGCGUGGGCUUUCGCUCCGACUCUGGCUGUCUUAGACAUAGACUUUCUGGCCCCAUCUUAAAGUAAAAGAUCAUCUUGUACUGCUUGUACGCUGUUACAAGGUUUAGUGUGCUCGCAGACCAAUAUUAGAAGGAAUUCUGGGAUCGAACCCCAGGACUUCCCGUUGUCUGUCUGUCGGUCUAGCAUGAACCUCUCAGCUACUCCUGGGGAGGGAAUCGGGGAGCCGCUGUAUUAGCCCACUUUUCUUAGCGCUGAAAAACCUGGACGCAUCGGGUAAGUCAGCAGCAAGCGCUGGAGCGCACAGGUUUUGUGAAUAUAACUUCAAUAAGUCCGCCCUGGAGUAUUUGAGGCACGCACGGUGCCUCAGCUGCUGGAGUUGUAUUUUGUGGUUAUUCUGCCAUCGCUGCUCAUAUGUGGGUAUGGUAUUAGCGUGAAGAUGGCUUAUUCUUGCCUUCCUGAUGAUAGCUUAUGAAAUAACUGUGCCGCUCUCAGUUACGCUAGUACAGACGCAGCUGUAUCGAGCAAUCUUAGGCGGUUAAAAAUUACUCUUCACAGGAAUGUUGAACCACAUGGGUAUUUUCAUGUAUAGCUUUGAAAUAAGAUGGGGAAAAUGUUAGCUGCUUUAUAUGCAAUAUAGUUGAAAAAUAACAUGCUUACAGCAGUGACGUAGGGAGAGUGGAUUAUACAGAAAGCUUUUAACUGUCCUCCUUGUGUUCAAUAAAUAAUGUUUAAUGCCAGUCAAUAUCGUACUCUUGUUUUUGACUAUGCCUGUCUUGUCCGUGGUGAUGGAAAAAUAUUUUAGCUUUUCUUUCCUGACUACCUUUUACUUAGAACUAAUGUUACCUUGCUCUUUUUCUGCUUCCCGCUUGUCAGGAUUUGGUGGGCUUGAGACUACAAACUCCACUGCCAGUGGGUUUAAUUUUGGGGGUUUCGGAUUAACUGCUAAUCCUGCAGUGAAUUUUAAUAUUGGGAAUUUCGGUGUUUCUACUACCUCAACUCCACCAUUCAAUUUUGGUAACAGUCUGGCAAGUGCAGGUGCGUUUGGAGGAUUUGGGACAACUACCACCACUGCGGGACCAGCAUUUAGUUUCUCUGCUCCCACCAAUACAGGCACCAGCGGACUCUUUGGUGGUACCCAGAACAAAGGCUUUGGAUUUGGUACUAGUUUCGGCACAGGAACUGGAACUGGCUUGGGUAGUGGGUUGGGAACUGGGCUAGGCUUCGGAGGCUUCGGUACGCAGCAGCAACAGACCACAUUAGGAAGCGGCUUGUUCAGCCAGCCUGCUCAGACACCUGCCCAGUCGAACCAGCUCAUCAAUACAGCCAGUGCCCUCUCGGCUCCGACACUCUUAGGAGAUGAGAGAGAUGCUAUUUUGGCAAAAUGGAACCAGCUUCAGGCCUUCUGGGGAACAGGCAAAGGUUACUUCAACAAUAACAUCGCGCCAGUGGAGUUCACGCAGGAAAACCCCUUUUGCAGGUUUAAGGCUGUGGGGUACAGUUUAAUGCCCAACAACAAAGAUGAAGAUGGCCUCGUGGUCUUGGUCUUUAACAGAAAAGAAACAGAUAUUCGAAGCCAGCAGCAGCAGCUCGUAGAAUCACUACACAAAAUUCUGGGAGGAAACCAGACGCUCACUGUCAACGUAGAAGGUGUUAAGACGUUGCCAGAUGACCAGACAGAAGUGAUCAUUUACGUUGUGGAGCGCUCGCCCAACGGCACUUCGAGGAGAGUUCCCGCAACGACCCUCUACACCCACUUUGAACAAGCCAACAUAAAAUCGUCCCUGCAGCAGCUGGGGGUCAGCCUCUCCAUGGCCAGAACAGAGCUUUCCCCGGCACAAGUCAAACAGCUCUUGCAGAACCCUCCUGCCGGUGUUGAUCCAAUUAUAUGGGAACAAGCCAAAGUUGAUAAUCCUGAUCCUGACAAGCUUAUUCCUGUGCCAAUGGUGGGUUUCAAGGAACUGUUGAGAAGAUUGAAGGUCCAAGAUCAGAUGACCAAACAGCAUCAAACUCGAUUAGAUAUAAUAUCAGAAGAUAUCAGUGAGCUGCAGAAAAACCAAACGACAACUAUGGCAAAAAUUGCACAGUACAAAAGGAAACUGAUGGCGCUUUCUCACAGAACGUUACAGGUGUUAAUAAAGCAGGAGAUCCAAAGGAAAAGCGGUUAUGCCAUUCAAGCAGACGAAGAGCAGCUUCGUGUACAGUUAGAUACAAUUCAGUGUGAACUUAAUGCACCUACACAGUUCAAGGGCAGACUGAAUGAGCUCAUGUCCCAAAUCAGGAUGCAAAACCACUUUGGAGCAGUGCGGGCUGAAGAGCGCUAUUACAUAGAUGCAGACCUCUUAAGGGAAAUCAAGCAACAUUUGAAGCAGCAGCAAGAAGGCCUGAGCCACCUAAUUAGCAUUAUAAAGGAUGACUUGGAAGACAUCAAACUUAUAGAACAUGGGCUGAACGAGAGCAUUCCCAUCAGAGGAGGAGUCUUCAGUUGACGUGGUGGAUGCUGCUGGGCUUACACAGAACAUGUUACUCGAGUUCAUGGUUCACCUUCCAAGGCUAAAACUGUUGAGGUAAAAUAAAACACUUGUCUUCUAGGAACAAUGGUAUUUUGGCUGUUAUCUUUAGAAUUAGCAAAGCCUCUUCUAAGCUUUUGAACUUGACCUUUGGAAGGUUUAUAUUUUAUAAAGCUGUAUAUGCUUUAAUAAAAGAAGGAAAACUGAAUCUGUUCAGAUACCGUUUUACUAUAAAACUAUAUGUACUAUUGUACAUUUUUUCUUUUUUUCCCCCCCUUUUUUUACAACAAUAUUGUCCUAGAAAUGCAGUGCCGAGGGAAUUGUUCCACUUGUGACUUGGUUUGUGGAAAGCUUAGCCCGCUUCGAUGUUUUUGUCAAAACAAUCAAGUAACAUCAUUAUGUAAACAGCUAAUUUAAAUCAUUACAGAUAUGUAUGUUGCUGUAACGAUGUCGGUCUCUGCAAUACCAGUAGUUUGCUGGGGCAAGCUGCAGGAAGUUGAUGUUUCCAGUUUCUGUCAUUCCUUUGGGCGGCAAGGAUCUGAAGGUUAUGUUAUUAUUACUUUACAUACGUGGAUUAUACAAAGCUUCGCUGCCCCUUAAGUAACAACAGAAUGUCUAGACGUUGUCUUCUGCCUUUUUUUUUAAUUGCUGGAGAGUAAUAAAUUCAGUCUGACUUUGUAAUAA